AUGUUUAAAUACCUAAACCAAGUGACAAUCGACUGUUCAAUGGACAGGUUUUGGUCCAAACGCCAAGUGCUCGACUCGUCCCUAAACUUUGCGUAUUAUCUCAUCAAUGAUUGUCAGCUAAACAAAGGAGAAAUUGUUUGUUUCGUAACCAAUAACUCGGAUAUCCAUGCGAUCGGAAUUGUGGGCGUUUUGGCCGCCGGAGGCGUCUAUAGCUCUAUGGCUGAGCACUCGGCCGAACGUGAAAUACGUGAAGUAAUUGAGAAUAUAAAGCCCGCAGUACUCGUAUGUAUUGGCUCUAACUUCCAGACUAUGGACGAUAUCGCACUCGACUAUCCAUUUGUUAAGAAAUUGCUAGUAAUCGAUGAGCAGUCAAAGCAGGAAAUUAAGAAAAAGAGCGAUUUGUUGACCAUUGAGAAGAUAUUUGAACAAAAACGCAAAGACAACAUCCCAUUGCCAGUGAUCGGCGAUCUGGACGACUGCGCCACUCUCGUGAUGAGCUCCGGCAGCACCGGUCGGCCUAAGGCUAUACUUAGGACUCACCGCAACUUUCUGUCGACAAUCGCCACAAUGCAACACAAGGAGUUGUGUCCGCUCACCGCCGACGAGAUAUUCCUGUCGAGCGGUUUCUGUCACAUCUGUGGCCAGCGAUCGCUGUUUUCCUGUAUUAACGGCGGAUCACAACUGGCCAUCAUUAGGAUCGAGGAAAAGCACGAAGAUGCCUUUUCCAACAUUCACAAAUAUAAUAUCACCAGCGGCUUCAUAAUCACCACCCAGCUCAAUUUUUUGGCCAAAAAUUUUGAGAAAUAUGAUAACAAUUAUUUGAAAACAUUUCGCGAUGUGUUGGCUGGCGGUUCCCAUUUGUCGGACUCUACCUAUAAGUCGAUUGUCGAGAAAUAUGAUUUUGAUAAGUUUAGGAGUUGUUACGGUAUGUCAGAGAUCGGUUGGGCGAUUGUGGUCUACCUGAGCGAUCAGCGCCGGCUCUCAAACACAGCUACUUGUGGUAAAGUGUCGCCCGGUUUGGAGUGCAAAGUGAUCGAUGAAAAUGAGCAAGCUAUUGGGCCUAAUGUGCUGGGUCAAUUGUGCUUCAGAGGUGAUCAGGUAACCCCCGGAUACCUAAACAAUGACAAGGAAAACGCCAAACUCUUCACAAGCGAUGGAUUCCUGAAAAGCGGUGAUUAUGGCUAUUAUGACGACAAAGAGUUCUUCUAUGUUAUCGGAAGAUUCAAAGAGAUCAUUAAAGUGGAGGGUUAUGUGGUAUCGCCGGCAGAGUUGGAGCACAUAUUGUUGCAGAACAAGAAGAUAGAGAACGCGGCUGUGAUUGGCAUCAAAGACGAGGAAAGGGAUGAAAUUCCGAUGGCAUUCGUGACACUCGUGAAGGGCUCGCAACUGACUGAGAAGCAGAUCCAGGAUUGGGUCGACUCGAGGGUUAACUACUAUAAGAAGCUGAGAGGAGGCGUCCGAAUCAUCGAUCAGUUCCCGUUAACGCCUCUAAAGAAGAUCAACAAAACAGAACUCAAGCGAAUGAUUCCUCAGGAGCUGCUCGAAGGGGUCGUACAGUCAUAA